AUGGCACCAGUAGAAAAGUUUUAUGGACUGGAGAAAGUGAAGAAGACCACACAGGUGAAAAUGAGAAAGAAGCAGCCAAGUGCAAAGGCACGGGCCAAGGCAGAGCGAAUGGUCAACGAGGCAUCCGUGCUCUAUGCCCAGGGAGACUGCAAUGGCGCAUUGGACAUUCUGAAGCAGGCUACGAAGCUCUCUCCUAACGAUUACAGGGCGUAUAAUUUGGCAGCACUGAUUCAGGAGGAAUUGGGAAACAUCGACAAGAGUCUCAAUGGAUACUUCGUGGCUGCGAUGCUGAGCAACAAAACAACAAAUAACAAACACAUGUGGGACAAGGUGUACGAGUUGGCUGUGUACUGCGAUGAUGACACCAAAAUGAUAUCAGCGAUAGACAAAUUGUACAAGAAAAACAACGAAUUGCCACUUUUGGAGAAAAAGAUGGACAUUUUGGGCAGGCAGAAAGAGAGCUUCUACAACAUAAUUUGCUGUGAAAUUGAUAUGAUGCUCUUCAAAGGAGUGGAUCUCCAAGUAUUUGAGAAGCUAAAAGACUACCAUCAGAAAUCACAGCUUAAGAAAAUAUCAAGGUAUCUGAAUAGGCUGAUUAGAAAGUCACCUGAUUCGCAUUCUGAAGAGUUUCUGGUGGAAUCUCUUGGAGUGUUUUACAGGGCUGAAAUGCAUGAAUUCUAUGAGACUAUUUAUGCAGAAUACUACGAGGAAGUUGCAACAAGGAAGAACAACAUUCUACAAGUGAAGUAUCUGAUAGCACAGUAUCACAACUACAGUGAUAAUAUUGGUAGAAAUAAUGUAGUGAAUAGCAUUCUAGCCUACGAUAACUGGAGUAGUGUGGAAGACAGUAUCAUUCUGGAACUGUUGGAAAUGGUACAGGAAUCCAAACAAUAUGAAGUAUGCAUAAAAAUAGCCUUAAAAAUCAGAAAACAGAAAUCAUUCUUUCAAAUGGAGUGCAAAUUGGGAGAAUUGUACAAGUUGAAUGGUGAAUACACGAAUGGAUGCAAGAUAUACACUGAUUUAUUACAACACAAUACGCUUAAUAUCGAAGUAAAGGCAAAACUGUAUGAGUUGUAUGAACUAAUGGGAAAGACAGAAUAUGCAAAACAAUUUGAGAAUAGUUCGAAAAUAGUGAAUGAGACCAAGCUGACCAAGGAUGAUCUACGAUAUAACACGAAAGAAUGCGAGAAGAAUAGGAGACUCUAUGAGCAAAUACUGAAUGUGAAUGAACCUGACCAGGAUGCAAUAGACACCCUGCUUGAAGACUUCUUUACCAAUAAGUUUGUGAUAGCAGAGAAUAAGAAAUUCAAGUCAUUUUAUGAGAAGAACAGGAAGAACUACGAGGUGAACAGCAGUACGGUGGGACUGGUGAUACGUGAUCCAGAAAGCAAAAACAAAAGGGAUUUGGUGCAGAAAUACAUGGAAGUAACCAGCUUACACGGAUUGGAGCAGUUUGAAUGGCACAAUGUGAUCAGAAUAGCAGUGUACAGCUCAUUGGAAAUAGACAUUGAAAAAACCAAGGAAUUGAUUCUGAAGACAGAGAAAAUCACAUAUUAUACUGAUGAAAUCAACGAAUUUGAUUUGCUCGGUCUCAAAAUCGGAUUGAUUCACCAGGACGCUACCUUUUUAGCAGAUAUGUACAGAAUUCUGAUCUACAAGACCAAUUACUCGUUCUUCAAUGUGAUCUAUUUUCUGAAUAGAUUUGUGCCAAAUGCAGUUGAUAACGAAGGGAUCAUCAAAUUGUACAGAAAUGCACAGCGAUUCUACUUUCUUAGAUACGAAAAGAGAACAAAUGCAAUCAAUCAAAGCAAAGAAGGAACCAGGGCGAGGUAUUUGCUAGAAAUAAAGCCAAUUUCAGCAGAAUUAACCAAGGUAGAGAAAGAGGCGCUCUACACCAAAGAGCUCUUCAUCAAAUCAUUUGUUCCGAGGCUCUGCUACAUCUCAACAAUUGAUAAGAUUGAUCAAACAGCAAAGAGGCGGAAUGAAACAGUCUUGUUCUUGAGAGGACUAUUGAAACUGAAUAACUGCACAUCACGAGUGUUAAAGAAUAAGAAGCAAUUUGCAUCAGAUGGAAUUGAUUUGAUAAGAGAGGCACACGAGAAUUCUGAUCCUGAUUUACUCAAUUACAACCUGGGAAGAGCGUAUCACACCAUUGGGAUGCAUCUACAGGCUGAAAAGCACUACUUCAAAUGCACUGAAUCACUGAAUACUCCAUUACGAAAAAUGGCAAUCUACAACCUGAGUCUUUUGAGUGGAAAAAACAAAAGUAGAUCAUUUCUGAUCAAAUUGUUUGAUUCAGCCAGUGACAAAUAA